GGGGAAUGAGAGAUGAGUAUAAAAGCUUUGCUGUGGAGAAUUAGGGAAUAUUCCUUGAGAGAAAAUCCUGAGAGAUAUUUCCAAACUUCACACUCCAUAAUUAUCUUUCACGGCAGAUAAACAAGCCCCAGGAUGAGGAGCCUUCUGCAGUUUCUGGCACUCUGUGCUGCCGUCUCUUUCUGUGUCUGCUAUGAUUUGUUUGUGCCUCCAAACCAAGCCAACUCCUUCAUCACGCCGCAGAGAGGCAACGUAUACAACCUGCCCAGACGGAACGACCUCGGCCGUUACAACUUCAUGAGGCCGACAAAGUCUCCAGCUGAGAGGCGUGCAGAGGUCUGCGAGGACUACUCUCCCUGCCGCUUCUACGCCUAUCGCCAUGGUUUCCAGCAGGCCUACCAGAGAUACUUUGGUGCCCGAAUUCAACCCCAAAGACCAGCCGGAGCUCUGCGAUACUAAACCAAAUACAAAAUCAUCAUUAUCGUCUGGUCCUGUACACCACAUAUCACAGUUUUUAUAAUUUAUGUAGUUGUUUUUGUGGUUGGGAGAUGAACAACCUCGAAGAAAACACGUUUUAUACCAAAACAGAAGCACCCAGUGAGGCUCAGAUCUCCUAACAACCCGUCAUUAUGCUCAUGUAGAAAUGUACAUCUUUUGUGUAAUCUCAGGAUAACUUUAAUCUGCUAUUAUCACACCUUCCCUGCAUUUAUGAGCUUCAUGGAAUAUGCAUGAAUGAUGUGUUUCUUACGAUAUCCUCAUACUUAUCCGCUGCUGUCAGUGAUUAUUUCCAUUGCUUUGAAAAAAAUAAUAAAGCUCCCUUUGUUGGGUUUGGUCUUAA